AUGUUGAAACGUAGUUUUAGUAGACCAUCAGCAGCAUCAGAAGCUGGAGAGAUUAAGGUCUCCGUUAGUGAAAAAAGAGGCGAAUUUGUUGUUCUGUCACGUGAACUAGACAAGGCGAUAACGAGACAGCAUCUUGAGGAUGACAGUCUAUAUGUUCCAUCCUCCGCCAAUGAGUUUAGAAAGCAAUAUCGCCGCCCAGACAGGGUUUGGGUAGAAACAGCUGGAACAGCAGGGCUACCAAAAAACCUUAUUACGCGUCUCAAAAACGACUUACUCGCAUGUCCAGUCCUAUACACGCUAAUCAAAACUCACAAGCUCUCUGAAAAUAGCCUCGCUUCGAACGAUCCACGAGACUUUAAAGUGAGACCUAUCAUUAGCGGUAUCGGGGGCCCCACAGAUAGCAUUUCCUGGCUGCUCAACAUAAUCCUAAAUCAGCUGCUCAAAUAUGCCCCUGCCCACCUCAGCAGUUCUAACAACUUCCUAAAACAUCUCCGCAGUACCUCGUUUGAGCGUGAAUGUGUAGUGGAGAUCUUUGACGUUACGUCACUCUAUACGAGCGUUUCAAACGAUGUAGCGAUGCAGGCUGUUCACGAACUGCUCAUGCAGCGCCAGGCUUCAUUGAAAAUGUAUGGAUCGAGCAUUAGGCAGAUCAUGACACUGAUAAAUGAAUGCUUGAAUUGCUCGAUUUUCCGAUGGUCGGGACAGUACUACCGACAACUUGGAGGCCUAACUAUGGGACAAAGGCUGGCACCCGCUCUCGCCAUUGUUUUCAUGGCCAAGAUCGAAAAGCCUAUAAUAGAUCGCAAACCACUGCUGUAUUAUCGUUACAUAGAUGACUGUUGCGUCGUCUGCUCAACACAAGCAGAACUAGACACGUGCUUCAAUCUUCUCAACCAGCAGUGCUCUGACGAAGGCGAUAAGACCGAAACGUUAGCUGUUGUUUAA